AUGCAUGUAGGUAAGGUUUAUCUGAACAAAAAACUCAAGAGGAAAGAGGUCGAGAAGGCAGUUCAGGUGACCCGCCAGUCUCAAGUGCGUUUCGGAUCUAUGGGAAAAGACAGCGAAAGCGAGCAGAUGCAGAACAAUUCUCUGCUACGCUUUCCGCCUGAAAUCCGCAAUUUCAUCACCGAGUACGUGCUAGAUUUGGGUGAUGACGCUGCAGGUAAUGCCCUCGUUGUCUGCCCCCCAGGACCAUACAAACCCCUUUGCGAAGGUUCAAGUAUACUUUCUUUAUGCAAACAGACCACUGCCGAGGCGCGCUCCAUGCUCGAAGCCCGCACUACAGCCUACAUCCCCAUCAUGGCUGACAUGAACUUCUGCAAAUUGAUUUCUGACAUCAAUGAGAAUGGUAACCCAUCAAUAUCAGGGAUACAGAGUACCGUCUUUACUGGCCUUACAUCUUUCAGGCAUGCGCAUUUCCAUCUCCACGUCAACCACCCAUCCUCCACCUUCCGCCAGCACCCCUAUACAGAGAUCUAUGUAGAUCUCUCUCAAAUCUAUGAAGUAUUGAAACAAGCAUUCAUAAUCUGGCGAGCUGCGUCCGAGCACAACUUUGCUCAUUUCAAGGAACAAGGUGUGAAGCGAAAGGCAGUUUUGCACCUCGAUCACCUUUUCGCUUGCUGGCGGGACAUGGACGGGUUUAGCCCCAAGACUCGCCUUGAGGAUCUUCUCAGAAUCAUGACUUCUGAUACGACCACUGAUUGGGAAGUACACUAUUAUUUACCCGUUAGAGACUUGCACAGGGGUGAUGACCGGGUGAAUUACCCCGCCCGUAUCUUGCGACGUGUGUUGAAUUCCAACCAAACUGAGUUUCGAUCAUUUCCUAGUAUGAAGCUGGUGCCGGAACUGUACGGCGAUUUGCAUAAAGGGCUGAAAGAUGCGGGCUUCUUCACUGAGCGCAUACUACCAAGCAGCACGCUAUGGCCGUCAUGGCCUGAGGAUGUACCUUGGAGGUUAUGUCCUAGGGUGAGGUCGGACGAGCUUGAGCCAAGUCAGGAUAGGGCUACGUAA